UUAUCAACUCUUCACCUGAAAUUUGCAUUCAAAUCCAAAAUAAAUAAAAAUGUUAUUUAAUCGGAGCGUCUGAUUCUGACAUGAAUCGCUCGCUGUCUGCGUCGUCUUCGUCUUCUUCUCCGUCGUCUUCCUCCGGUUCGUGGUUCUCCGGCGUCGUCCGUGGCCGCUCGGACCGGGCCGGGUCCGUCAAGAUGGGACCGGACUCCCUUUCGGGCGGUUCCGGCGACAAUUCCGGCCCCGUUGUGCGGAAGAAUCAGUUCCGAGGCGCGCUCUUCAAGUACGGCCCCAAACCUAUUCAGGUAGCAUUUAAAACAGGUGAUUAUCGACAGCAAGUCAUUUUUAUUGGUGGACUGUCUGAUGGUUUUCUGGCAACAGAAUACUUGGAACCUCUUGCAAUUGCUUUGGACAAAGAGAAAUGGUCACUUGUUCAACCACUCUUGUCAUCUUCAUACAGUGGAUAUGGCACUUCCAGCUUGAAACAAGAUGCGGUGGAACUUGAUCAGCUGAUCAGUCACUUUAUAAACAAAGAAGAUUCUGAGGGCGUGGUACUGCUUGGCCAUAGUACUGGCUGUCAGGAUAUUGUACAUUACAUACGCACCAAUGCUGCAUGCUCCCGAGCGGUCCGUGCUGCCAUUCUUCAGGCCCCAGUCAGUGAUCGGGAAUACAGAGCAACUCUUCCCGAAACAGCUGCUGUGAUUGACUUGGCUUCAACCAUGAUUAGUGAAGGACGUGGGUCGGAAUUAAUGCCAAGUGCAGCAGAUCCAGGAGCCCCGAUAACUGCCUAUCGGUAUCACUCCCUUUGUGCAUACAACGGCGAUGAUGACAUGUUUAGUUCUGACCUUACUGAUGACCAGCUGAGGUUGAGACUUGGGCACAUGGCUAACACACCUUGCCAGGUUAUAUUUUCCAUGGCUGAUGAAUAUGUGCCAGACUAUGUUGACAAGAAAGCACUGGUCCAAAGAUUGUGCAAAGCAAUGGGCGGUGCUGAGAAAGUUGAAAUUGAACACGGGAAUCACUCCCUGUCCAACAGAGUUGAUGAAGCUGUUCAUGCCAUCAUUGAUUUUGUUAAAAGAGACGGACCAAAAGGCUGGGAUGAUCCGUGGCAUUAGCUAUAGUGCGUCGCUCUGUUUUCCUAUUUUCAUUUCUAAGUUCUUUCGUUUAUUCUAUUCUUAUUGAUUUCUCAUCUCUUACCUUCUCAGCUUUUUCCAGUUUCUUCAUCUCCUUCUAUAUUAAACACCAAGUGAAUUUUGAUCAUGUUUCGUUCA